CCCGUCGUUUUUGCAGGAGGUGGGUAAAAUGAAUGGCGGGAUAGGGGAGCCAGAAGUCACUUUCCAAGGGCAGGGUCUGGAACGCACAGAGCAAAUCCGUACAGUACCUGGGAGGCGUCUACGGUUGCAAAGAGAUGUAGUUCCCAGCACUCUACAAAUGCAGGGUUGUAAACGCUGCUUUAGGGAAACAGAGACAACGGUACAGGCUGUGUGCAUUGGAGACCACCUACCAGCAACAAUGAAUUUCAGGGAUGAAAUUAUGAGCCGCAUAGUUCCAGGACAAUUUGAUGAUGCAGAGUCUUCUGACAGUGAGCAAGAACAGAUUGAAGUCAUUCAGAAGGAGAAAGAAAUAAUUCAAAUGCAGCCUUCGCAUUUGUAUGUGGAAGCAUACGUGGAUGAAUUUGACGACAGUGGUGAAGACAGUGAAGAUGAUUGGGACUGGGAUGAUAGGAUGGGGAAAGUCACAAAGGGAAAUCUAGUUUCUGGAGGAAGAAACACACAGGCAAACAGACAAAUACCCAGCAGCAAUGCAUCCAAAAUGUCCACUCCUACAGACAAGGCACUAAGAAAAUUUGACAAUAAAAUUAAUUUAGACAAGCUACAUUUUGCAGAUUCGGUUAUAAACAAAGUUACAGAGAAAUCAAGGCAAAGAGAAGCAGAAAUGUACCGGGUGAAAGACAAAUCGGACAGAGCAACUGUAGAACAAGUUUUGGACCCAAGAACCAGAAUGAUUCUAUUCAAGAUGCUAACGAGAGGUGUGAUAUCCGAGAUCUAUGGCUGCAUCAGUACAGGGAAGGAGGCUAAUGUGUAUCAUGCCAGUACAGCAAAUGGAGAGAACAGGGCAAUAAAGAUAUAUAAAACUUCUAUUCUGAUGUUUAAAGACCGGGAUAAAUACGUGAGCGGAGAAUUCAGGUUUCGCCGUGGAUACUGUAAAGGAAAUCCUAGAAAAAUGGUCAAGACGUGGGCAGAAAAAGAAAUGAGGAAUUUAACAAGGUUACAUGUAGCACAAAUUCCAUGCCCCGAACCUAUUAUGCUAAGAAGUCAUGUUCUUGUUAUGGGCUUUAUUGGGAAAAAUGACAUGCCUGCUCCUUUGUUGAAAAAUGCCCAGUUAUCAGACACGAAAGCUCGAGAGUUGUACCUGCAAGUCAUACAGUACAUGAGAAGAAUGUAUCAGGACGCGAGACUUGUUCAUGCAGAUCUCAGUGAAUUUAAUAUGCUGUAUCACAGUGGGGAGGUCUAUAUCAUAGAUGUGUCCCAGUCUGUGGAGCAUGACCACCCACACGCUUUGGAGUUCCUGAGGAAAGACUGUGCCAAUGUUAACGACUUUUUCCGGAAAUACAGCGUUGCAGUGAUGACUGUAAGAGAGCUCUUUGAGUUUGUCACAGACCCCUCUAUUACAAGUGAAAACAUGGACGCUUAUCUUGAAAAAGCAAUGGAAAUAGCAUCCCAGAGAACAGAGGAAGAAAGGUCUAAUCAAGAUAAUGUGGAUGAAGAGGUGUUCAAGAAAGCCUAUAUCCCUAGGACGCUUACUGAUGUUAAAAACUAUGAGAGGGAUGUGGACAUCAUGAUGAAAUUGAAAGAGGAAGACGUGGCCUUAAGUGCGCAGCAAGAUAAUAUUCUCUACCAGACAGUUACAGGGUUAAAGAAGGAUUUAUCAGGUGUUCAGAAGGUGCCUGCUCUGCUUGACAAUAAAGAAGAAACAGAAUCUGAUUCAGAGGAUGACGGUAGUUCUGACAACUGCAAAUCGGCCUGUAAGGAACAAGAGGAGUCUGUGCAUCCUAAAGAUCAGCCAGCUGAAACAGGCAUGGAUAAAAAGGAAAGAAAGAAGGUGACUAAAGAGGCGCAGCGAGAGAAGAGGAAACACAAGAUCCCCAAACACGUAAAGAAGCGAAAAGAGAAGACUGCAAAAAUGAAGAAGGGCAAAUAAAUCCCAGUUGGCCUUUUAGGGCAGUGUUAGCCACUCGUGACUUUACAAGAUCUUGGUGGCAGAAUAUACUUUCUGCACCCCAUUCACCCACGUGAAUCACAAAUGACUACUAUGGCAGGGGAGAUGGGCCUCGGUAGCCAGUAGCGUUCUAUAGUAGUCAGUAGUUUUCACUGACCAUGGGUUGGACCCCGUGGCAAACUCCUGCUAAUGAAAACUGGAGGAGUGAUGAUCUUUAACCGCUACCCCUUUCCUGCUGCAGACCCCCAAAUUUCCCCGUGUUUUUCCUUAGUGUCCCCUCCCCCCUGCAGCAUUUCAGAGAGCAUUAUGGGCUGCAGUGCAAGGCGGGGGGGAGAUAAUAUAUAGUUCCGUUCUGCUAACAGAAUUUCCUUCUGUCUGCGGAAAGCAGUCCUGGAUCCAACCCCAGUGUAUUCUUGGGGGGUGGGGGGUUAAAUGGGAACUUUCAGCCAGUCCAGAGGAAUCUAUGUAGUUAUGUAGUGUUGUGAAGAUCUUUAGCGGUGCUCUGUGGUGCACCAAAGCCCUUUAUUUUCUAUGCUCAAAAGAUAUGCACAAUCGGGUGGAAUUCUAGAAGGAGCUCCUUUGCAUGUUAGGCCACACACCUUUGAUGUAGCCAGUCCUCCAAGAGCUUACAAGGGUCUUUUUUUUGUAAGCUCUUGGAGGAUUGGCUAUAUCAGGAAUGUGUGGCCUAAUAUGCAAAGGAACUCCUACUAGAAUUCCACCCCUACGCAUAAUUAUCUACAUAUAUGUAUGUAAAUACAUACAGAGAGGUUAUUUAAUCUCAUGCAUUGAAUUAUCAACUACGUUGAUGAACUGUGUUUUUUAUUUAUAUUUUCUCACUGGCUGCUCACAGUCCCUCACCGUCUGCAGCGCUGCCACCCAUUGCUUUCCUCAGCACUGAUGGGAUGCAGUUCUUGGGUGGUGGGAGGGAACAGGCUUGGAAAGAUGAUGCUCUCAGCUGUGCUGGCCUAAAUUCCGGGACAGCCAGUAGAGAAGAGCCCCAGGACAGCUGACACUACCCACUGCUGCUGUUUGGUGGCUGCCGAAGGGCUGAGGAUGAGAUCCGACCUGCAGCUGGCGAGACUCAACCUCUGGCUCCCAGGUGGGAGGGAAGCAACAGUGCCCUCUCGGUCAGCUAACGCCAUCCUUUCUUCUCUCUCAUAACAUUUGACCUUUCUUUCCUUAUACCCAUGAUUACUGACAGCAUUCCUUGCUUCCAGGGCUCUUUUUCUAGCAGGAGCUCCUCUGCAUAUUAGGUUACGCACCCCUGAUGUAGCCAAUCCUCCUGGAGCUUACAGUAGGCCUUGUACUAAGAGCCCUCUAAGCUCUUGGAGGAUUGGCUAUAUCAGGGGGGCGUGGCCUAAUACACAGAGAAUCUCCCGCUAGAAAAAGAGCCCUGUGUUGCUUCAGUGACAAACAGAACGCACAUUUUUGCUUUUGCCGCCUUCUUCAUUGUCUGAGCCACUUCAUUAAAUUAAAAACUUCUAAGAAUAGUGUGUCUGUUUGUAGACAGGAAAGGACGUUUGAAGGCUGAAAUCAGGUUCAGAGACUCAAAGGCUGUCUUUUUUGGGGCACUUCUUUCUUUCAGAUUCUUUUAAACGGUGCUUGGUCUAAGCAAAAGAAGUGCAAAAGAAUAACUAUGGUGCAUUUUUUAAAGCAGCAGUGGUGUCCUAACAGCUGUUCAGAUGACCGUUUUAUACCCAUUACUGAAAGGUUCUCUUUUGUUUUGAAAUAAAACUGAACACAUUCUACAUUG